UUCGACAGUACUCAGCUGAUCACGAGGUAUUCUACAGUUAAUUAAAGACGCCUUUACAUAUUUACAUUUGUUGAUUAAUUUUCAGUGUCAACAUUCGGUAGCUUAAAACAAUUUAAUUAGUAGGCUAAUAAAUUUCAGGAACAAAUGCAAUCAUUACUUAAUCCAAAUUUACAAGAUCCAAUAUUUACAUAUUUGCCUUUUGUUUAGCACCUAGAUUCUUUUGUCAUGAGAUUAAUGUACAGAUUCUAGUUAGACCUGGGAGGGAGAUCAUAGUAAGUGAUUCAAAAUGAAAUUUGCAGAACAUCUUUCUGCUCAUAUUACACCAGAAUGGAGGAAACAAUAUAUAAGUUACGAGGAAAUGAAAAGCAUGCUCUACCUGACCGUAGAAGAAGCACCUUCCGCAGAAAGUGUAGAACCAGAAAUAGUUACCCGACAUCUGGCAAACUUCGAAGAACAAUUUUUUCUCUACUGCGAUAAAGAACUGAAGAAAAUCAACACAUUCUAUUCGGAAAAAAUGGCCGAGGCCACUAGAAAAUUCGCAAGUCUUCAUAGUGAACUAAAAGAUUCUUUAAACAAUAUGAAUCUCGGCAAGAAGAAAAGCGGAAACCGAAGGAUGGUUCCGACCAGAAAACUACAGGAACUUAAACUUGCUUUUAGCGAAUUCUAUUUGAGUUUAAUUUUACUUCAGAACUACCAAACUUUGAAUCAUACAGGGUUCAGAAAAAUUCUGAAAAAACAUGACAAGCUAUUAUCAACAGAUGUAGGUGCAAAAUGGAGACAGGAACAUGUAGAGACUUCACACUUUUUCACGAAUAAGGACAUAGACAAAUUGAUAAACGACACAGAAAAUUCAGUUACCAAUGAACUAGAAGGAGGCGACAGACAAAAGGCGAUGAAGAGGUUGAGAGUUCCUCCUCUAGGAGAACAACAGUCACCAUGGACUACAUUUAAAGUGGGCCUCUUCUCUGGUUCAUUUAUAGUACUGCUGAUUGCUGCGGUACUAUCAGCCGUAUUCCAUGAAGGCACCACUGAAAACUUAAAAAUAGCUUUCCGUCUCUACAGAGGCCCCCUUUUAGUAAUAGAAUUACUUUUUUUAAUCGGCGUUAACAUUUAUGGAUGGAGAUCAUCGGGAGUGAAUCAUGUACUUAUCUUCGAGCUAGAUCCAAGAAAUCACGUAUCCGAACAACAUCUUAUGGAGCUAGCUGCCAUAUUUGGAGUUGUUUGGGCAGUUAGUUUACUAAAUUUUUUGUACAGCGCAACUUUAAGUAUUCCUCCAUAUGUCAAUCCACUUGUUUUGACUGUGAUAAUGAUAGUGUUCCUGGUUAAUCCUCUGAAAAUAUUUAGACACGACGCUAGAUUUUGGUUUCUUCGUAUUUGUGGCCGCAUGUUUGGAGCUCCUUUUUUCCGUGUUGAAUUUGCGGAUUUCUGGCUUGCAGAUCAACUUAACAGCUUAGCAGCAGCAUUUUUGGAUUUCCAGUUCUUAACAUGUUUCUAUUUUACUAACGGAGAUUGGCUUGUAGCGGGAGAUACGGCUCAAUGUAUGGAAAGAAAUUUUACCAUAAGGCCUAUAGUUAAUUGUAUUCCAGCGUGGUUACGUUUUGCACAAUGUUUAAGAAGAUACUAUGAUUCCAAAGAUGCCUUCCCACAUUUAGUUAAUGCCGGAAAAUACUCAACUACUUUCCUCGUUGUCAUUUUUGGAACACUAAAAUCAGUUUACAAAGACGAUUAUGCAACGCCUUCAGAUAAUCCGUAUAUGUUUCUUUGGAUAGCAGCACAGGUACUCAGUUCCACAUAUGCAUACACAUGGGAUAUUAAGAUGGAUUGGGGAUUAUUCGACAAAUCAGCUGGUGAAAAUACAUUCUUGCGGGAGGAAACAGUUUAUUCUUCAAAGGUUUUCUAUUACUUCGCCAUAAUAGAGGAUCUGAUUUUACGUUUUGCAUGGGCAGUUUCACUUUAUUUGACUGAGAAUGGUUAUGUUAGUGGAGACUUAAUGACUUCCAUUUUAGCCCCCCUUGAGGUGUUUAGAAGGUUCGUGUGGAACUUUUUCCGUUUAGAGAACGAGCAUAUCAAUAAUUGUGGUCAGUUCAGAGCCGUUCGUGAUAUAUCUGUGGCUCCAAUUGACUCAUCUGAUCAAAUUCAAAUUAUAAGAAUGAUGGAUAAAGAAGAUGGAGUGACGAAUAGAGAGAAGGGAAAGAGGAAGAACAAGAAGAAGGAAGACAAAAAACAUUUAUUGGACGACGAGUCGAUUGUUAAUUUUAAGGCAAUACCUUUGACGGCUGUUGUGUAAGAUAAUAUUCCAUGUAAAGUAUAGACUACAUAUAUUUUAGUUUUUUAGUGUUAUACAGAUUUUAUAGAAUAUACUUUUAUAGUUUACAUACAUAA